UUGUGGUUGAUCUGCAGAUGUUUGCCCACCGUUAACCGAAGACAGUAACGCUUCAGCUGGGGUUUGCUCACACAUCUGUGUGCUCUUCAUCGGAGCUUAAUGUGUGUGUGUGUGUGUGUGUGUGUGUGUGUGUGCGUGCGUGUGCGUGCGUGUGUGUGUGUGUGUGCCUUGCAUCGGAGGAGGCUGCGUCUGCACCGCCCCGUCGGUAUGUGCGGUGGGCAGCGUCAAACUCAUUCUGCCCCCGGACUGGUCCUCUGACAACCCCACGCACGAUACUCAGCAAACCUCACACAUAUGCACACACGUAUCCCCCACGCAUACACAAAUAUUCAUGCACACAUACACUGGUACACCGAACCGAGGCAGACCUGGAAAACCGGGGCUCUACAUCCGACGGAUCCCUCGCGAGGACAAUUUUAAUUUUUCAUCACACCCUCCUUGGAUUUCUCUCAUGUGUUUCUCUUUGCGCAUACAUCCCGGGCGCUGCUGAGGUGCGUGUGUGUGCAAUUUGAGUCACUCCGGGGAUGAAAGUAAACGCCCGUUGAAUGGGAAACGCGAAUACAGAGACAACGUUACCUUUUCCUCGUCUUGGCGAACACGCUCACCCUCGCAUCGGUGAGAUUUGCGCACCCGAGACCGGUGCCGGUGUCUGCGCUCUGCCGGGCCGGGCGCGCGUCGUCUGGGAGGAGUAGGCAGGAUGGAGGCGUUUUUCACGGAGGGGGCCCGUGUUUGGGUCAGGGAGAAGGAGCAGCUGGUUCCUGCCACUGUCAACUCCUGUGGAGAUGGAACCCUUGUGCUCACCACUGACUACGGACAGGUGCUGUACUUGCAGCAGGCCGAGGUCACCAGGGAGCGGGUGUACGCCAUGCACCAGUCGAGCAUCGACGGGGUGGAGGACAUGUCAGCGCUGGCCGAGCUACACGAGGCCGCCAUCAUGCACAACCUGUACCAGCGCUACCAGAAGGACAACAUCUAUACCAAUAUCGGCAGCAUCCUGGCAGCCGUCAACCCGUACAAGCAGAUCGCAGGUCUUUACGACCCAGACAGGGUGGACCUGUAUUCCAAGCACCACAUCGGGGAGCUCCCUCCGCACAUCUUCGCCGUGGCCAAUGAAUGCUACCGCUGCAUCUGGAAACGCCACGACAGCCAGUGUGUCCUCAUCAGUGGUGAAUCGGGGGCGGGGAAGACGGAGAGCACUAAACUGUUGUUGCAGUUUCUGUCGGUGAUGAGCCAGAAAUCAUCCGGGACCCCUCCAUCGGAGAAAACCACACGUGUAGAACAGGCUAUUGUUCAGAGCAGUCCAAUCAUGGAAGCCUUUGGAAAUGCUAAGACUGUUUACAACAACAACUCCAGUCGCUUCGGGAAGUUCAUCCAGCUUCACUUCUCCGAGGGGGGAAACAUCCAAGGAGGCUGCGUCAUUGAUUAUUUACUGGAAAAGAACCGUGUUGUACGACAAAACCCCGGAGAGCGAAACUACCACAUCUUUUACGCUCUACUGGCGGGAGCUACAAAAGACCAUAAAAGCCUCUACUUCCUGGAAGAUCCUGCUGAAUCUUUCCACUACCUCAGCCAAUCAGGUUGUCUGAAGGACAAGAGCCUGAACGACAAAGAACUGUUUAACAGUGUUAUGGAGGCACUGAAGGUUUUAGAGUUUACAGAGGAGGAGAUCAGAGACAUGUUCAAGCUGCUGUCGGGAGUCUUGCAGCUCGGCAACAUUGAAUUCAUGACGGCAGGAGGAGCACAGAUCACCACCAAGCAAGUGGUCACUAAUGCCAGUGAGCUGUUGGGUCUGGACGCCUUCCAGCUGUCUGAAGUCCUGACUCAGCGCUCUAUAAUCCUCAGAGGAGAGGAAAUCUGUUCCCCACUCACUAUAGAGCAGGCGGUUGAUUCUCGGGACUCUGUUGCUAUGGCGUUAUACUCCCAAUGUUUCUCGUGGAUCAUCCUCAAGAUUAAUCAGAAGAUCAAGGGGAUGGAAAACUUCAAAUCCAUUGGCAUCCUUGAUAUCUUUGGCUUUGAGAAUUUUGAGGUCAAUCGGUUUGAGCAAUUUAACAUCAACUACGCCAAUGAAAAGCUUCAGGAGUAUUUUAAUAAGCAUAUCUUCUCCCUGGAGCAGCUGGAGUAUAACAGGGAAGGUGUCCAGUGGGAUGCAAUUGACUGGAUGGACAAUGCAGAGUGUCUUGACCUCAUAGAGAAGAAACUGGGCUUGUUGGCGCUAGUAAACGAAGAGAGUCGAUUCCCCAAAGGAACCGACUUCACUCUGCUGGAGAAGUUGCACAGCAGACACUCGACGAACCCUUAUUAUGUCAAGCCCAGACUUGCUGAUCAUCAGUUUGGUAUCAAACAUUACGCUGGAGAGGUACUUUAUGAUGGUAGAGGAAUCCUGGAGAAGAAUAGAGACACGUUUAGAGACGACAUCCUGAACAUGCUGAAGGACAGCAGACUGGACUUCAUCUAUGACUUGUUUGAGAAGGUUGGCAGCAGGAACAACGAAGAGAAGAUGGGAACGGCCAGACGCAAACCCACAGUGAGCUCCCAGUUCAGGGACUCCCUUCAUGCUCUUAUGGCCACCCUCAGCGUGUCCAAUCCUUUCUUUAUUCGCUGCAUUAAACCCAACAUGGAGAAGAAUCCAAAUGUGUUUGACCCGGAGGUCGUCCUGAACCAGCUGAGGUAUUCUGGGAUGUUGGAGACUGUGAAGAUCCGUCGGGCCGGGUUCCCCGUUCGCAGGACUUUCAAAGAUUUCUUCUCUCGGUAUAAGAUCAUUAUGAAAGAAAAAGUAGCAACAACAGGAGAUGAUAAGAAGAGAAGCACAGACCUUCUAACCAAGUAUGACAAGACUAAGAAAGAGUGGCAGUUAGGAAAGACCAAGGUGUUUUUGAAAGAAUCUUUGGAGCAGCGUUUAGAGAAGGACAGGGAUGAAGUCCGGCGUCAAGCUGCCAUGAUAAUCCGAGCACAUCUACUCACCUUCUCUGCAAAGAAGCAUUUCAAACGCGUGCGUGCCAGCGUCAUCACCCUCCAGAAACACUUCCGAAAGCACAUCCAGUGCAGACGGUUCGUGAAGCAGCGCAAGGCAGUGCUGGUGCUGCAGAGGCACAGGCGAGGCCAGGUGGCGCGUACGCGUGUUCGGAAACUCCGGGAGGAAAAGAAGAAGAAAGAGGAAGCGCAAAACAAGAAAGAGGAAGAAGAGGAGAAAGUGUCGGCUGAGGGAAAACAGGAAGAGGUGAAUGAAACAGCGGACAAAAAUGCAAAAUCGUCCGAGGAGGAAGCUCGCCAGAUGGAGGAGAUCCUGCAGCUUGAGCGAGAGAUUGAGCGCUUGCAGAAGAAGAGAGAGGAUGAGGUGUCCCAACUGUGUGAGUCCUCCAAGCAGGAGCUGCAGCUGCGCCGGGAUGCUGAGCUCAAGCGGAUGAAAAAGGAGGCGUCUCGCAAGGCCACGGAGCUCAUCGACCUCCUGAACUUCGGAGGCGUGGACCCUUCAAUGGGAGCAGCCGGACCUAAGCCUGCUGCAGAGGUGAAAUCUCCAAAAGGGGCCAACGCCUCCAGAGGUGCUUCCAAAGAAGAGGAAGUAGAUGAAGGCUUCCAUGCUGAGGAGGAGUGCAUCCCUCUGCCGGAUUUCCCUCCUCCUGCCGAGACAGAUGCUCCUAUAGAUCAGGAGAUAUUCGCUCACCUCCCUCCUCCUCCUCCCGCUUUCGCCGAGGGCACGGUGCCUCCUGCGCCGCCUGCCCCGCCUCCCCUUCCAGCAGACGGCGUAGCUGGAAUUCCUCCCCCUCCUCCUCUCCCUCCACCUGACGAUGGUGCCGCCGUCCCUCCGCCUCCACCACCUCUCCCAGCUGAUGGGGAGAAGAAGGAGGGAGACAAGACGGAGCCAGAGAGGAAAGUGAGCAUGGUGGAGAGCCUGGUGGACGCGGAGGAACCGAUCUACAGCAUGCCGGCCGACACCGAGUCAGACUACGACCAGGAAGAGGAGGAGGGCUCCGUCAACGCCGGCGACGACAGCUCUGUCUCGGGAAGCAACCGCGGGAGCACGACUGUGACGGACGAGGAGCACCCGAGGAAGUCGACCUGCACCAAUGCCAGCAUGGAGUCCUACAGAGGCAGCUCUGACUCUGUGAGGAGACACACUUACACGCAUCCUCACACGCGUGCACGCAGAUAUUAUGCAGACAGCGAUGACGAACACGACGGCAUGAUGGACACCGAUGAAGAGGUGACGAAUGGCAGGGUGACUCUGCUUAACGGAAACGGGCCGCCCUAUUUCCAUGGCUACCUCUACAUGAAGGCUGGUCUGAUGAUCCCGUGGAGGAGGCGCUGGUGUGUGUUAAAGGAUGAGACAUUCAUGUGGUUCCGGUCCAAGCAGGAGUCUCUCAAGUCUGGCUGGCUUUACAAGAAAGGAGGAGGCCUGUCCACUCUCUCACGGAGGUUGAACUGGAAGAUGCGCUGGUUUGUACUGAGAGACAACAAGCUGAUGUACUACGACAACGACAGCGAGGAGAAGCUGAAGGGAACCAUCGACAUCCGAGCGGCCAAGGAGAUUGUGGACAACCAUGAAAAAGAGAACGCUCUGAACAUCGUGACAGACGAGAGGACGUACCAGGUGUUCGCUGAGUCGCCAGAGGAUGCAAGUGGGUGGUUUAAAGUGCUCAGCAAGGUCAGAGUGUGCACUCCCGAGCAGCUGCUGGAGAUGUCCCACGAACAGGCCAACCCCAAAAAUGCUGUGGGAACCCUCGAUGUGGGGUUGAUUGACUCUGUUUGUGCAUCAGACAACCCUGAUCGGCCCAACUCUUUCGUCAUCAUCACGGCCAACCGUGUGAUCCACUGCAACAGUGACACACCAGAGGAAAUGCAUCACUGGAUCAGUCUGCUGCAGAAACCCAAGGGAGACGCCAGGGUAGAUGGACAGGAGUUCCUUGUUAGAGGCUGGCUCCAAAAGGAGAUGAAGACGAAUGCCAAGAGCACUUCCCUGAAGCUGAAGAAGCGCUGGUUUGUUUUGACCCACAACUCCCUGGAUUACUACAAGAGCUCAGAGCGAAACUCCUCCAAGAUGGGAACUCUGGUCCUUAACUCCCUCUGCUCCGUCAUUCAGCCGGAUGAACGGGUACAUAGGGAGACAGGCUACUGGAACAUCAUCGUAUACGGGAGGAAACACUCCUACCGCCUUUAUACUAAGAUGCUGAAUGAGGCCAUGAGGUGGACGGCCGCUAUACAGGGAGUCAUAGACAGCAAGACCCCGAUAGAAACUCCAACGCUGCAGCUCAUCCGAGACAUCAAGGAGAACAGCGUGAACCCAGAAAUAGUGGAGCAGAUGUACAGGAGGAACCCCAUCCUCAGAUACACUCAGCAUCCUCUGCAUGCGCCUCUACUGCCGCUCCCUUACGGAGAGGUCACCAGCUUACAAAGGCAGCAGGGCUAUGCGAGUCUGCAGGAUGAGGCGGUGCGAGUUUUCAACUCACUGCAGGAGAUGGAGACGCUGGCAGACACGGUGCCCAUCAUUCAGGGCAUCCUGCAGACCUGCCAGGACCUGCGCCCUCUCAGGGAUGAGGUAUAUUGUCAGGUGAUCAAGCAGACCAAUCAUGUGCCUCAGCCUAACAGCCCAGCCAAUCGGGCCCACUGGCACCUGCUCACCUGCAUGAGCUGCACCUUCCUGCCCAGCCGAGCCAUCCUCAGAUACCUCCGCUUCCACCUCAAGAGGGUACGUGAGCGUUAUCCCGGCACGGAGAUCGAGCGCUACGCCAGUUUCAUCGGAGAGUCCCUGAAGAAGACCAAGACUCGUGAGUUCGUUCCCUCUCAGGAGGAGAUCGCCGCCCUGCUGGUGAGGCAGGAGAUGAGCACCACGGUGUACUGCCACGGAGGAGGCUCCUGCAAGAUCUCCAUAAACUCCCAUACCACGGCCGGAGAGGUCGUGGAGAAGCUGAUCAGAGGUCUGGCCAUGGAGGAAAGCAAGAAUCUGUUCUCCCUAUUUGAACACAACACCAUUACAGACCGAGCCCUGGAGAGCAGGGUGAUUGUGGCGGAUGUCCUUGCCAAAUUUGAGAGGCUGGCAGGCAGUGAAGAGGAGGAGGAAGAGGGAGAGUGGAAACUGUACUUCAAACUCUACUGCUUCUUGGAUGUGGAGAGCAUGCCCAAAGAGGGAGUGGAGUUUGCUUUCAUGUUUGAACAGGCCCACGAGUCUUUGAUAAGUGGUCACUUCCCAGCCUCAGAGGAGACUUUGCAGCACCUGGCCGCCUUACGCCUCCAGUAUCUCCAUGGCGACGGGGCAGGCCGGGCCGGAUGGAGCCUGGGAACCGUCUACCCGAUCGGACGCCUUCGCAAUCGAAUCAUGCAUUCCACCAAGCCGGGCGUGAGCGCGGCCGGUGGGGCCGGAGGAGGGGGAGGCGGAGGAGCAGGAGACGGAAAGGGCACGGCGGGAGGAGUGGGUGGCGUCGGGGUCGGCGUAGAGAAAAGAAAGACUCCGAGCUUCCUGGACGGCACACUGAGGAGAAGCUUCAAGACUGGUUCCCUGAAGAAGCAGAAGGUGGAGGAGGAGCAGAUGCUGGAGAUGUGGGUGAAGGAGGAGACGUCCGCAACACGCACCAGCGUGCUGGAGAAGUGGACCCGCCUGCAGGGCAUGCCUCAGCACCAGGCCAUGCUGAAAUACAUGAGCAUCAUCAAGGAGUGGCCAGGAUAUGGAUCGACCCUGUUUGACGUGGAGUGUAAAGAGGGCGGUUUCCCUCAUGACCUGUGGCUGGGUGUGAGCGCCGAUAACGUGUCUGUGUACAAACGGGGCGAACCCAAACCUCUGGAGACCUUCCAGUACGAACACAUCACCUUCUUUGGAGCUUCGCAGCCCUGCACCUACAAGAUCAUCGUGGAUGAGAGGGAGAUGUUCUUUGAGACCCCACUGGUGGGUGAGAUCACCAAGAUCAUGAGAGCCUACAUCAACAUGGUGGUGAAGAAACGUUGCAGCAUCAUGUCCGUGAUCAGCGUUGCCAGCUCCUGGGCCAGGUGAUCGCGCCACCGGCCAGUCAAAGCCCCUCAGUUUCAUCCAUCCAGCGGCAAAAGACGCCCCCCUCCCAACCCCAUGCCCAUCCCCCCCCACACACAUUGGCUGGUUGGUUUUGAUGAAGGCAGUCGCACCGACCAGCUAAUCCUCCAGGUUGAAUCGAGAUCCAUGGAUGAGCGUCAACAGCAAAACAGGGAGGGUGGGGGGGAAGUGGACACAGAUGCCAAACGCACACUCUACUGGCCUGGGUCUCACUUGGGAUAAGGGAUCUAUUUAAAAGCAUGACGACAAAGAAAGCGACCUGUAUUUAUAGGGCUGUCCCGUCAAACCCAUGACCCUCUGCUGUAGUUCUGCAUGUAGAUGUUUCAAGCACACUCCAAACUCCUCUCGGUUUAACCUUUUUGGACAAACUCAGAAAUAACAAGCACAACUCAGCCGCCCGGUCCCAGUCAGCAGUCUCUGGUGGCGCCUCCUCCACCCUCUCACCGCACUGCCAGACAGAAGAAAGCCACACUUUCUCAGUUCAGUUUGUUUCCUUUCUCUCUCUUCGUCCAGUUUCAGAGUCUCUCUCUUUCUCUUCGUGUGUCUUCACUCUCGUUGCAUCUUUCUUCGCCAUAAGUUAUAAUAUUGAAUUCUAUUUCUUGCUUGCUUUCCCUGUCAUUUUCCCUCCGCGUCUUUUACCUCUAACGUCGACUGCGUCACUUUUGAGAAGAAGGACGACACGAUGUUGGAUCUUCAUAGCGUUCACUUCGCUCACUCGUCAGUGCCACCGUGUGGCCACAAGGAAACAACAAAGCCAAAGGAAGCGGCUUUAAAUAUAUCUGAACAAUAUCAGAUAGAUAUUAUUGAGAAGGAACAACAGAGAGUUUUUUUUUUUUUUUUUUUUCACGUUGGAGGCUCUCUGCUUGUGUUUAGCUUGACGUGGAGAGUCUGUGCAUGGCUAACAGCCUCACCGGGCCCUACAAGAAGAACAAUAUUAUCUAGAAUAUUAUCAGACAUUUCCCUAUUUAUGUCUAAAUAUAACACAAACUGCAUUAAAGUGUAAAUUCACACACGCGUGUACACAUAAACUGAACAAACCUGUAUCGUUUUGUAUAUCACACAUUAUAAUAAGAGGUAUUAUUGAGAUUCUUUUGGUGGCCACUGUACAGUAUAUAGAUGCCAUACUCAAUGCAACGCGACACCCGUCAUGUAAAAUACAUGCAAGUGAAUGGUGUUAAUGAUGAUGAAUUGUGUGUGUCUGAACAUGAUGCCAACACUGUACUUCGUUCACAGGCGGUGCCAUUAAUGUGACUCACAGAAAAGUUAGUAAAUUAGUAAAAAAAAAAAAAAAAUGAAUGAAACUGACUGUUUCCACAGCAUUUUGAUGAAUUUAUCGUUAGUGUUAUUUGCUGGAGUCACACUGCAGCGUCGACUGGAGCCAUAAAGAACUGCGUAUCCUCGUCUGCUCCAGCUUUUAUUUUGUAUCUUUUCUUUACCGUGGAGAUCAGGAGACACACAGAAUACACACACGUUGCUCCAUUUCGUCCGUGUUUCCAGUCUGUUUAUGAACGUGUGACUUUUAUUACUGAUAAUAGUAUUGUUACUGUAUGAACCCCGCUAUCUUAACCACCCCAAAGUGUCUGGAUCGCUGCUGUGUGUGUGUGUGUGUGUGUGAGUGCGAGUGUAUUAACAGUAUCAUGCAACCGGUUGCAAAAGAAGAGGAAAAUGAGAAAAGAGAAGUGAUUUCAGUGAGUGUGUUCUUUGGAAAUAUGACGUAUUUACUUGAGUAACGUUCACGAAGGAUGGUGUUGUAUUUGUAAGUUGCCGGUAAAAGCAUGGGAUUUCAAGGGAGGGAGGGAUGGGGGUAUUUAUUAUACUAUAUGUAUUGCAAGGUCUGUUUGGGAGGAUUAAAAAUAUAAGGAUUUAUUGGUGUAAGAGAAGAAUAUAAGGAACUGUUACGGGCUCGGAUAUCGUUCCACUGUGCACUGGGAAUGCUGAAAGUCUUCACUGCUUCUGUGCGUAUGUCUGUGUUUUUGGACUGGAAGUGAAGUCUGCCAACCGACGUCUGCAGAUUCACUCACACACGUCCCCUCCAGGGAUGAAAAGCACUUUAAACAAAGUGUUUCCCCCUCCACCCCCACCCCCACAUCAAAUAUCCACCGGGAAUAAUUUGAUUGCACAGAAAAAAAACUGAACUAGUUUCUAAACUAGUUUCUGUGGCAAUAAGAAUUUCAGUAUAAGAAUAUUACUGUUUGCUGCUUUUCACACCAGAUAUGCAGUACAUUACAUGUGGGUGAAGUUGAAUUUCGUAGGGUGAAAUAGUCUGUUUAUCUGGAGUACCACAUGCUGUACAGGGCUGUAGCAAUGAUUUCGGAAACACUGAGUUUGCUGAACCCAAAAACUUUUGACUAAACACCAACAAAAAAGGAACUUUAUUAUAAAUCUACCAAGCAAUCAUGCUGAAUAUGCAUUCAUUGUAAAUGUAGAAAACAUGACCUCAGUGUUUUCACCUCUAGCUACGGCCUUGCCUGCAAAUACACAGCCCACUGGCAUCCCGCCUAUAGACGUGGAAUAAGCUGAACUCACAGGUUCCAAUUUGAGCUUUCAGAUAAUUUAGUUCAGGCUUAAAAACUUUUACAAGCCAUAAAUGUACCUACUAGGAACCUGGUGUGUUCUAUUAUUCUACAUCUAUGGUUUUGUCUGUCACUGAUAUUAAACUGAGUAUGAAGAACUUGCCCUGUAGCGGCUGAGGUGUGAUCGGCGUGUUUGCUAAAGAGGAGUGAAGUGUCUGAUCGCAAAUCCUCACAAGUCUUCAAGGGCAACUUCAUCACAAAGGGUCCUGUUAUCAGCCGCAGGCGGCCAGAGUGGGGCCCAUUCUUAUCUUACGUUAUGCUUAUUAUCAUUGUUACGUAGUAAAACAUUGUGCUUGUUAAAAAAAAAGAGAGAGAGAGAAAGAGAGAGAUAUGUGUGUUGUUUUUUUUUUAUUUGUAACUGGCUUUACAAAAUUAUGCUUUAAUAAAUUAUUGAAAACUGUCCUCUA